CGGGCGGACCCAGGCGGAUCGAGUCCCCGCAGCGUCGCCCGCGUCCCGCCGCCAGCGCGCAGAGGAGCGAGCUCGAAUCUCCCGCGCGGCCACUCCCGGGGCCAGGAGCGGGGACACGAGUGCCACCGACCCGAGCCUCUCCGGAACCGCCAUGACCCAUUUCAACAAGGGCCCUUCCUAUGGGCUCUCGGCCGAGGUCAAGAACAAGAUUGCCUCCAAGUACGAUCACCAGGCAGAGGAAGACCUGCGCAAUUGGAUAGAAGAGGUGACAGGCAUGAGCAUUGGCACCAACUUCCAGCUGGGCCUGAAGGAUGGCAUCAUCCUCUGCGAGCUCAUUAACAAGCUACAGCCAGGCUCUGUGAAGAAGGUCAACGAGUCCUCACUGAACUGGCCUCAGUUGGAGAACAUUGGCAACUUUAUUAAAGCUAUCCAGGCUUAUGGCAUGAAGCCACAUGACAUAUUUGAAGCAAAUGAUCUUUUUGAGAAUGGAAACAUGACCCAGGUUCAGACAACACUGGUGGCUCUAGCAGGUCUGGCCAAAACAAAAGGAUUCCAUACAACCAUUGACAUUGGAGUCAAGUAUGCAGAAAAACAAACAAGACGUUUCGAUGAAGGAAAACUAAAGGCUGGCCAAAGUGUAAUUGGUUUGCAGAUGGGAACCAACAAGUGUGCCAGCCAGGCAGGUAUGACCGCAUAUGGGACCAGGAGGCACCUCUACGACCCCAAAAUGCAAACUGACAAACCUUUUGACCAGACCACAAUUAGUCUGCAGAUGGGCACCAACAAAGGGGCCAGCCAGGCCGGGAUGUUAGCCCCGGGCACCAGGAGAGACAUCUACGACCAGAAGCUGACCCUACAGCCAGUGGACAAUUCGACCAUCUCUCUACAGAUGGGCACCAACAAAGUAGCUUCCCAGAAAGGCAUGAGUGUGUAUGGGCUCGGGCGGCAAGUGUAUGACCCCAAAUACUGUGCUGCUCCCACAGAGCCCGUCAUUCACAACGGAAGCCAGGGCACAGGGACAAAUGGGUCCGAAAUCAGUGAUAGCGAUUACCACGUAGAGUACCCGGAUGAGUAUCAUGGCGAGGACCCCGAUGACUACCCCCGAGAUUACCAGUACGGAGACCAAGGGAUUGAUUAUUAGCCCCGCUCAGAGGAGCUCAGUGUGUAGGCCAUUGUUUUUAUCCUGUGAGAACCAAGCUAGCCUUGAGUAAUUUUUAUCUCGUCUUCCUAAAACACUAUUAUGCUUAUUGUACCUAAAAAUAAAUUGCCUUACAUACAUUCCUUUUCCCCUUUUUCUGCCUCUUCCCUAAAUAGUUGCCUUUUAGUACUGUAACAAUUAAAUCCUACAGCAUAACAAAUACCUUGCAUAUGAAGUAAAAAGGAAUACUGUGAAAGGGGAAUACUCUUGUCCAGCCAAGUCUUAUAUUAAAGAUCUAUGCAUUUUUACAACCUUACACUAAAAUUGGUAUUUUCAAACAAUAGGAAGCUUUGGUGUUUUUUUUUUUUUUUUUCUCUUUUUUACAGUUUAGUGUAUCAGGUUUGUAUAUGGAAGACUAAACUCAUGCUUAUUUGCUAAAUGUGGGCUUUGCCAACUAAACCCAAGAUGCAGCCUUGUAGAAAUUUACAUAUCAGUGUCUCUGCAGUAUUGUUUGGUAAUUUUUAAAUAAAGUCCUGGUCAGUGUGCAUCUGUGAUCAUAUGUGUACUCAUUCUUACUCGGGUUGACAAGAUCUUUUCAGAAUGGUGUUUCUGAAGGAGCAUGUACAAAAACGGCCUGCAGACAUUUAGGUCUGGGUGGCAUGGUUGCGACAUCUUCAUGUGUGCCAAUGUAUCAAUGUAGAGUUGCUGUUUUUCUCAACUGUAUUUAUUGCUGCAUUUCUCAGCAUAAACUUAUCCCAUUGUAUUUUUUAUAAAUAAAUAUUUUUUUUGAACAUU